AAAAGGGUAGAAGUGUUGUGUUGCCUGGGAAAUCAUAUAAUUCCUAAAUAUAAUCUCAUUCUAAGUUCUUCAUUUAAUUUAAUCCUUUUUCAUAUAUUUUUCUCCUUCCUCUUCUUCUUCUUCUUCUUCAUUGUCCUCAAAAUCUUCAAUGUCGGACGAAGAGCAUCAUUUUGAGUCCAAGGCCGACGCCGGAGCCUCCAAGACCUUCCCUCAACAGGCCGGAACCAUCCGCAAGAAUGGCUACAUUGUCAUCAAGGGCCGUCCCUGCAAGGUAGUUGAGGUUUCAACAUCCAAGACUGGAAAGCAUGGGCAUGCUAAAUGUCACUUUGUUGCAAUCGAUAUCUUCACUGGCAAAAAAGUUGAAGAUAUUGUUCCAUCAUCCCACAACUGUGAUGUUCCUGAGGUUACUCGUACCGAUUAUCAGCUUAUUGACAUAUCUGAAGAUGGAUUUGUGAGUCUCUUGACUGAUAAUGGAAGCACAAAGGAUGAUUUGAGGCUUCCUACUGAUGAAAGUUUACUUACUCAGAUUAAAGAUGGAUUUGCAGAAGGAAAGGACCUUGUUGUGAGUGUCAUGUCAGCCAUGGGAGAAGAGCAAAUUUGUGGCUUGAAGGAUAUCGGCCCAAAGAACUAACUUCCCCGCCUCACAAGUCAACUAAACUACUCCUAAGUCAUAGUUGGGAAUAUUUGUUCUUUUAGAAUUUUUAUGUGUUUUUCCUUUUAUAUGAUUUGGAUCAUGGAUGUUGUUAAUGCUUUUGAACUGAUGAAUUUAGAUUUUCAGAAGUAGAAAAUAUCAGAAGCUUUAUAAGUUGUACUUGUCAAUUGUUCCUUUGCUUUGU